GUCAUAAUCCAGCAAAUCAACAUGGAAGACAGAAACAUGCUUGCUGCAGAUUGCAUUGUCAUAUGCUGUUGCUGCGAAUGCAUGAUCCUCCAAAUCCUCAUCCUCAUAUUGCUGAAACUUCCACAUAAACUGCUGAGAAAGACAAAAGAAUAUGUGAAAAAACUCAGAGCCCGGAAGAGAAGAACCACGAUUAUGAAGAUAGAACUGACCAGAUACGAAGAAGACAGCUUCAGAAACCUCAGUAACUCCUUCAGAUUCAACAUGCAGGAUUCUUGCUUAGUUGAAUCCCUCGAGUUUGGUUGUUGCAUGAAUGAAAUCGAGAGCGUGUUGGAGGACUUCUCGAGUAGGGGUGAGUUUGCUUUCGGAAGUUUUUGGGGCGGAGAGGUUUCAUCAGAAAGGAGUUUCUGUUCAUGUCUUAAGGAAGAGGAGCUUGAUUACAAUAACGUUCCAUAUCCUUUGAUGGAAUUAUUUGGCGACGCCAACUUCUUUUAUCACUAGUUUCUUCCUUGUAAUCUUUUCAAUCUUCUGCCAUUUCAUAAGAAUGCAGCAAUAGAGAAUUCAAUGCAGGCUCACGCCUUUCCUUGCAGAUUUAGCAUUGAUACCUCAGCCUAGAUAAAGCACCAUUUACAUGGA